CCACCAGGAGGCGACCCUUGACAGAGGAGAUGCGGCGACGGUGAUGGGAGGCCAGGAAGCUGAAGCUCUGGAUUCCACGGCCAUGUCCUCCUGGGAAAGGCGGCUCCAUCGGGCCAAGUGUGCACCAUCUUACUUGUUCUCCUGCUUCAACGGGGGUGAGUGUGUGCACCCAGCCCUCUGUGACUGCAGACGCUUCAAUGCCACAGGACCUCGCUGCCAGAUGGUGUACAACACUGGCCCCGAGCGGGACAGCAUUUGCCGGGCGUGGGGGCAGCACCACGUGGAGACAUUUGAUGGCCUCUACUACUACCUGUCCGGGAAGGGCAGCUACACGCUGGUGGGGCGCCACGAGCCGGAGGGGCAGAGCUUCUCUGUGCAGGUGCACAAUGACCCUCAGUGCGGCUCCUCCCCCUACAGCUGCUUGAGGUCAGUCAGCCUCUUCUUUGCGGGUGAGCAGGAGAUUCACCUGGCCAAGGAGGUCACCCACGGAGGCACCAGGAUCCAGCUUCCACACGUGACAGGGAGCCUACGCCUGCAGAAGCUUGCUGGUUACGUCAUUGUGCGGCACCAGUCGGCCUUCACGCUGGCCUGGGAUGGCGCCUCUGCCAUCUACAUCAAGAUGAGCCCCGAGUUCCUGGGCUGGACCCAGGGGCUGUGUGGGAACAACAAUGCUGACCCUCAGGAUGACUUGGUGACCAGCUAUGGGAAGCUGACGGACGACGUAGCUGAGUUUGUGCACAGCUGGCAGGAGUCAGCACCCAACCAGCUUCCCCGGCCCACAACCUCCUCCCUGCCUCGCCCACCAUGCCUACAGCAGAGCCUGGGAGCCAUGCAGGGUGUGUACGAGCGGUGCGAGGUGUUGCUGCGGCCCCCCUUCGACGCCUGCCACGCCUACGUCAGCCCCCUGCCCUUCACGGCCAGUUGUACCAGCGAUCUCUGCCAAUCGGUGGGUGAUGAAGCCACCUGGUGCCGGGCACUGACUGAGUAUGCCAGGGCAUGUGCCCAAGCAGGGCGGCCCCUGCAGGGCUGGAGGACGCAGCUCCUGCAAUGCACCAUCCACUGCAAGGAGAAGGCCUUUACCUACAACGAGUGCAUCGCUUGCUGCCCCGCCUCCUGCCAGCCCCGGGCACCCUGCGUGGACAGCGAGAUCGCCUGCGUGGAUGGCUGCUACUGCCCCGACGGGCUGAUCUUCGAAGACGGGAGCUGUGUGGCACCAGCUGAGUGUCCCUGUGAGUUCCACGGGACCCUGCACCCACCCGGCUCCGUGGUGAAGGAAGACUGCAAUGCCUGCACAUGUACUGCAGGAAAGUGGGUGUGCAGCACAGCAGUGUGCCCAGCGGAGUGCUCGGUGACUGGUGACAUCCACUUCACGACCUUCGAUGGCCGCCACUACACCUUCCCUGCCACCUGUCAGUACAUCCUGGCCAAGAGCCGCUCCUCGGGCACCUUCACGGUGACGUUGCAGAAUGCACCGUGCGGUCUGAACCAGGAUGGAGCCUGUGUCCAGUCUGUGUCAGUGAUCCUGCACCAGGACCCUCGGAGGCAGGUGACGCUCACCCAGGCAGGGGAUGUUCUUCUGUUUGACCAGUACAAGAUCACCCCGCCCUACACGGAUGACGCCUUUGAGAUCCGCAGGCUGUCCUCCGUGUUCCUGCGAGUGAAGACCAACGUGGGCGUGCGGGUGCUCUACGACCGUGAAGGCCUGCGGCUCUACCUGCAGGUGGACCAGCGAUGGGUGGAGGACACGGUGGGGCUCUGCGGCACCUUCAACGGCAACACCCAGGAUGAUUUUCUGUCCCCGGUGGGCGUGCCUGAGAGCACCCCGCAGCUCUUCGGCAAUUCUUGGAAAACACUGUCCGCCUGCUCUCCACUGGCCCCGGGCUCCCCACUGGACCCCUGUGAUGUGCACUUGCAAGCUGCCGCCUACGCAGUGCAGUCGUGCAGCGUGCUCACGGGGGAGCUGUUUGCGCCCUGCUCCGCCUACCUGAGCCCCGUGCCCUACUUCGAGCAGUGCCGCCGGGACGCCUGCCGCUGUGGGCAGCCCUGUCUGUGUGCCACGCUGGCCCACUAUGCUCACCUAUGCCGGCGCCACGGGCUGCCCGUCGACUUCCGUGCCCACCUGCCAGCCUGUGCACUGUCCUGUGAGGCCACCAAGGAGUACAACCCCUGCGUGGCCCCCUGUGGACAAACCUGCCAGGACCUGGCUGGCCUGGAGACCUGCGGGGCUGAUGGCGGCGGCGACCUCAGCAGCUAUGAGUGUGUGGAGGGCUGUGCGUGCCCACCGGACACCUACCUGGACACCCAGGCUGACCUCUGUGUCCCCAGGAACCAGUGCUCCUGCCACUUCCAAGGAGUGGACUACCCGCCUGGAGACAGCGACGUCCCUUCGCUGGGCCACUGCCACUGCAGAGAUGGAGUCAUGAGCUGUGACAGCAGAGCCCCAGCUGCCGCCUGCCCCGCGGGCCAAGUCUUUGUGAACUGCAGUGACCCACACGCAGACCCCGAGCUGAGUAGAGAGAGGACGUGUGAGCCCGUGCCAGCCCGUGGCCCCUGCCUCUCGGGUUGUGCCUGUCCCCAGGGCCUGCUCAGACACGGGGACGCGUGUUUCCUGCCGGAGGAGUGCCCGUGCACUUGGAAAGGGAAGGAGUAUUUCCCUGGGGACCAGGUGAUGUCUCCCUGCCAUACUUGCAUGUGCCAACAGGGCUCAUUCCGGUGCGCCUUCCAUCCCUGCGCCUCCACCUGCACGGCCUACGGCGACCGGCACUACCGCACGUUUGACGGACUCCCGUUUGACUUCGUGGGGGCCUGCAAAGUGCACCUAGUCAAGAGCACCGCGGAGUUCAGCUUCUCUGUGAUCGUGGAGAAUGUGAACUGCUACAGCUCCGGCAUCAUCUGCAGGAAGUUUAUCUCCAUCAACGUCGGCAACUCCAUCCUCAUCUUCGACGACGAGUCAGGGAACCCUAGUCCCGAGAGCUCCCUGGACGAGAAGCAGCAGGUGCUCACGUGGCGAGCGGGCUUUUUCACGCUGGUGCACUUCCCCCGGGAGCACAUCACCGUCUUGUGGGACCAGAGGACCACCGUGCACGUCCAGGCCGGGCCUCAGUGGCAGGGCCAGCUGGCAGGACUCUGUGGGAACUUCGAUUUAAAGACCAUUAAUGAGCUGAGGACCCCGGAGAACCUCGAGCUGAGCAGCCCCCAGGAGUUUGGCAGCAGUUGGGCUGCAGGCGAGUGUCCAGACACCCUCGACCCCCGGGACACAUGUGUCCUGAAUCCACUCCGAGAACCAUUUGCCAAGAAGGAAUGCAGCGUCCUACUCAGCGAGGUGUUUGAGACCUGCCACCCUGUGGUCGACGUCACCUGGUUUUACUCAAACUGCCUGACAGACACAUGUGGGUGCAGCCGGGGCGGUGACUGUGAGUGCUUCUGCGCCAGCGUGUCCGCCUACGCUCACCAGUGCUGCCAGCACGGAGUGGCUGUCGACUGGCGGACCCCGCGCCUCUGCCCAUAUGACUGUGACUUCUUCAACAAAGCCCUAGGUAAGGGCCCCUACCAGCUGUCCAGCUUGGCGGCCGACGGUGCCUUGGUGGCCGUGAAGGUGGUGGGCCGUGAUGUCGUCCUAGUAAGGGCAGAGGAUGUGGCACCGGGGGACAUCGUGAGCUUCCGGCUGACAGCUGCUCUGUACCAGGCCAAGGCCCACGACCCCGACGUGGUAUCCCUGGAGGCUGCAGACAGACCCAACUUCUUCCUCCACGUCACAGCCAACGGGUCUCUGGAGCUGGCUAAGUGGCAGGGCAGUGAGACCUUCCACCACCAUGCGUCCUUCUCACUGCACCGCGGGACGUGGCGGCCAGGCCUGGUGGCCCUGGAGUCCCUGGCACAGCCCAGCUCCUUCCUGUCCGGGCUGGGCCCUGCGCUGGCCCUGCGGCUGUACGAGCACUCCGAGGCAUUCCGCCGAGCCACACUCUUCCGCCUUCUGGAUGCCAAGCCCUCGGGAGCCGCCUACCCCACCUGUGAGUGGCGUUACGAUGCCUGUGCCAGCCCCUGCUUCCAAACCUGCCGGGACCCACAGGCGGCCAACUGCCGGGAUGUGCCCAGGGUGGAAGGCUGCGUGCCGGUGUGCUCUGCCCCCAAGGUCCUGGAUGAAGUCACACAGAGAUGUGUCUAUCUGGAGGACUGCGUGGAACCUGCCAUUCUGCUUCCCACAGAGGCCCUGGGCAAUGCGACCCUGCCUCCCAGUCAAGUGCUGUCUGGCCUCAGUGACAAGAAGCCACAGCUUCCACAGAAUCUCCCAGGACCCCCACCCAUAGGCCAGGCCUGGCCCCAGCUGUCUCACUCACCACAACCCCUGCAGCCCCUGGGACUCACUGCAUCCACCCUCCCUGCCCAGCCCACACAGGCCCCCACCAGCAAGGGAGUGGCCACCAGCCCCCUACCUACCCCCCGCUCUCCAGAGGCCUCACCCCUCCCCCUUUUACUGCAGACACCCACACCUGGCAAGGUAUCAGGUACCAUGGAGACAACCGGGGUGCCUACAACCUUCGCAGGGAGCCCCAACAUCACCGUCUCCUCCCGGUCUUCCCCUGCACCUCGCUUCCCACUCAUGACCAAAGCCGUGACAGCUCCAGGCCAUGGCUCCUUGCCUGUUAGGACGACCCCUCUACAGUCCUCCUUGUCGGCAAGUCCCUCCUUCAAGCCCGGGACUUCCUCUGAGGUGACCCCCAGGCCCCUCACCUCCUCAGGAUCCCAUGAGGCCUUGCCGAAACCUGCAGUAACCGAGGUCACGAACAAGACAGGGCUCCCCCAGCCCACCCAGACCCAGAGGGUGACAAGUCCCAGCAGUCCUCCAGCUGUGGCUGAGACAGCCACAGAACAGCUUGCUGUCCGCCCCCUCGUAACCAUGGGAGUCGAGGUGGUGCCGUCCACAGGAAAAGGCAAACCCGGGCACGGCCUGCCCAUGGGCCUGCCAGCAUCCCCUCGCCCAAUCCCACUCCCCACUGCCCCACCCCGCCCAGCCCAGCAUGUUGCGCCAGCCACUCGGCCCCCAGCUCGGCCUCCAGGGACCCCGGCUGCUGCCGCAGUAACCACAGUCGCUCACGGCCCGGGGGCCACGCCCCUGUUGUCUCUGGAGUCAACGCGGCCAUCCCAGCUCCUUUCUGGCCUGCCUCCAGACACCAGCCUGCCCCUGGCCAAGGUGGGCACGUCUGCCCCAGUGGCCGCACCUGGCCCCAAAGGCUCUGUCCUCAGCCCCCCUUUCCAACACCAGCCCACAGCUCUGGCCGUGGCCACGACCGCACCUGCUCGGACCCUCAGCCCAGCUCUGCCUUUCACCCCGGCUGUGAUGGGCCAGCUGCGCCCCCAGGCAACAGGCCCGGCCCCAGGCCUGCUUUCAGAAGCCGUGCUGCCAACUUCAGGGGUCGUGGCCGUGGCUGAAGGGGUGGUUUCCACAGUGUCUGCCGCCCCACAGAAGAGCACCCCGGGGACAGUGGCCUUCCUAUCCAAGCAAGCAUCCCCACCCACCUCUGCACCCAGCUCUGCCCAGGACAGGCCCUCACAGCUCGUGCCUGUGGUGGCCCACACACUUGUCCCCUGGGUGACUGAGGCCGAGGGCCCCUGGGCUGGCACUGUGCCCCCAGCACCCACAUCCCAUCCCCUGAGGCAUGUUUCAGCCAGGACGGCCUCCCGAGAGAGCUCCCUGGUCCUGCUGCCUCAGCUGGCGGAGGCCCUCAGGACCUCGGCCAGGCCUCGGCCACCAGCGCAGCCUGCGGGAGAGGCCACCACCCAGCAGUCUGAGCGCUCGGCCCCGGCCCAGAGCAGCACAGCGGGUUCUGUGGAGGCCUCCACAGCCUCUGCUGAGGCCAAUACCUCUGCCACCUGUGUGCCAAUCGCCGAGCAGGACUGCCCCCGCCACAUCUGCCUGGAGGGCCAGCUGCUCCGCGUGAACCAGUCCCAGCACUGUCCUCAGGGCGCUGCGCCUCUUCGCUGUGGGGUCCUGGGCCUCGCCGUGCGGGUGGGCGGGGACCGCUGCUGCCCGCUCUGGGAGUGUGCCUGCCGGUGCUCAAUCUUCCCAGACCUGAGCUUUGUGACCUUCGAUGGCAGCCACGUAGCCCUGUUCAAGGAGGCCAUCUACAUCCUCAGCCAGAGCCCGGACGAGAUGGUCACCGUCCACGUCCUCGACUGCAAAAGCGCCAACCUGGGGCACCUGAACUGGCCCCCAUUCUGUCUGGUGAUGCUGAAUGUGACUCACCUGGACCAUCAGGUCACCAUCGACCGCUUCAACCGGAGGGUGACGGUGGACUCACAGCCCGUGUGGCCCCCCGUGAGCAGGUAUGGGUUCCGAAUUGAGGACACAGGCCACAUGUACGUGGUCCGGACACCCGCACACAUCCAGAUACAGUGGCUCCACAGCUCGGGGCUCAUGAUCCUGGAGGCCAGCAAAGCCAGCGAGGCCCAGGGCCGGGGCCUGUGCGGUGUCUGUGACGGAGACGCGGCCAAUGACCUCACCCUGAAGGAUGGCUCUGUGGUGGGUGGGGCCGAGGACCCUGCUCCCUUUCUGGACAGCUGGCAGGUGCCCAGCUCCCUGACCUCGGUGGGCCAGACUCGCUUCCGCCCAGACAGCUGCGCCACGGCCGACUGCUCUCCCUGCCUUCGCAUGGUGUCCAACCGCACCUUCAGUGCCUGCCACCGCUUCGUCCCCCCGGAGUCGUUCUGUGAGCUGUGGAUCCGGGACACCAAGUACGUGCAGCAGCCCUGCGUGGCACUGACCGUGUACGUGGCCAUGUGCCACAAGUUCCACGUGUGCGUCGAGUGGCGGCGCUCCGACUACUGCCCUUUCCUGUGCUCCAGCGACUCCACCUACCAGGCAUGUGUGGCAGCCUGUGAGCCCCCCGAGACAUGCCAGGAUGGGAUGCUGGGCCCACUAGACCCGGAGCAGUGCCAGGUACUGGGGGAGGGCUGCGUCUGCUCAGAGGGCACCAUCUUGCACCGGCGCCACUCGGCACUCUGCAUCCCCGAGGACAAGUGUGCCUGUACUGACAGCUCUGGGGUGCCUCGGGCCCUUGGGGAAACCUGGAACAGCUCCCUCAGCGGCUGCUGCCAACAGCAGUGCCAGGCUCCAGACACCAUCGUCCCAGUGGACACGGGCUGCCCAGGCCCCCGCCCUGAGAGCUGUCCACGCUUCGGGGAGGUAGCCCUGCUCCUGCCCACUGAGGACCCCUGCUGCCUGGGGACAGUCUGUGUGUGUAACCAGACUUUGUGUGAGGGCCUCGCCCCCACCUGCCGCCCAGGCCACCGGCUCCUCACCCACUUCCAGGAGGACUCCUGCUGCCCCAGCUACAGCUGUGAGUGUGACCCCGAUCAGUGCGAGACUGAGCUGGUCCCCCGCUGCCGCCCGGACCAGAUCCUGAUCGCGGGCCGCCUGGGGGACUCGUGCUGCACCUCCUACUUCUGCGCCUGCGGCGACUGUCCAGACCCCAUCCCCGAGUGUCAGGAAGGGGAGGCGCUCACCGUGCUCAGGAACACCACGGAGCUCUGCUGUCCCCUGUACCAGUGCGUGUGUGAGAGUUUCCGCUGUCCCCAAGUGCAGUGUGGCCUGGGCACUGCCCUGGUGGAGGUGUGGAGCCCUGACCGCUGCUGCCCCUACAAGUCCUGUGAAUGUGACUGCGACACAAUCCCAGUGCCCCGGUGCCAUCUGUGGGAGAAGUCCCAGCUGGACGAGGAGUUCCUGCGCAGCGAGGAGAACGUGUGCGGCUGCGCCAAGUACGAGUGCGUGAAGGCCCCGGUGUGUCUGAGCCGCGAGCUGGGGGUGAUGCAGCCAGGACAGACGGUGGUGGAGCUCUCGGCAGACGGCGUGUGCCAUACCUCCCGCUGCACGGACGCGCUGGACCCCCUCACCAGCUUCUACCAGAUCAACACCACCUCCGUGCUGUGUGACGUCCACUGCGAGGCGAACCAGGAGUACGAGCACCCGCGGGACCUGGCAGCCUGCUGCGGCACCUGCAGGAACGUGUCCUGCCUCUUCACCUUCCCCAAUGGCACCACCUCCCUGUUCUUGCCCGGGGCAUCCUGGAUCGCAGAGUGCGCCCGCCACCACUGCAGCAGCACCCCCCUGGGCGCCGUGCUCGUCCGCUCACCCAUCAGCUGCCCGCCGCUCAACGAGACCGAGUGUGCCAAGGUUGGGGGCUCGGUGGUACCCUCCUUGGAAGGAUGCUGCAGGACAUGUAAGGAGGAUGGGCGCUCCUGCAAGAAGGUGACGAUCCGCAUGACCAUCCGCAAGAAUGACUGCAGGAGCCAUACCCCUGUGAACCUCGUGUCCUGUGAUGGCAGGUGCCCAUCCGCCAGCAUCUACAACUACAACAUCAACACCUACGCUCGCUUCUGCAAGUGCUGCCGCGAGGUGGGCCUGCAGCGGCGCUCGGUGCAGCUCUUCUGUGCCGCCAAUGCCACCUGGGUGCCCUACAUGGUGCAGGAGCCCACCGACUGUGCCUGCCAGUGGUCCUGAGGCCUGGGCCAGGGCUGGCUGGACCACCUU